ACAACCGGCACGGUCAGAUUUUCAUACAAGGAAGUUGCUCGUCCAAUCACUGGAAAACCUGUACACUGCGUGACCACGAAGGAGCUCGCGAAGCUGCCAGCUCUCCGGGACAUUACUGUGAGCGAGGGCACAAGCGUUCUGAUCGCGUGCAAUGCGAGUGUAGUUCCUGGCGAGACAGUCUGGUACAACUCGAAAGGACACGUGCUGAAUGGAAGCGAGUCCGGUGGCAAAUGGGAGAUAAUGGGGAAGAACAGCCUGAAUAUCACGGCUGUUUCCUUCGAGGACCGUGGGAGAUAUACCUGUGUGGUGUCAGGCCUAGAAGGCAUCUCAAACUACACGGUUAUGCUGAGAGUGAGUUACACCAACAGUGGCUUGGGCCUCUAUUAUGUCAUCGUCUGUCUUGUGGCCUUUACCGUCACCAUCAUCCUAAACAUCACUCGCCUGUGUAUGGUUAGUGCCCAUCUGCGCGAGAUGGAGCACGCCCUCAAUGGGUUUUUCCGCACAGAAGGGGCUGAGAAACUUCAGAAGGCCUUUGAGGUGGCCAAGCAGAUCCCCAUUGUGACGUCCAUGAAGACUCUGGAGCUGGCCAGGGCCACCCACUUCAAGACGAUGGAGUUUGCGAGACAUGUGGAAGAGCUGGCACGCUGCAUCCCUCUGCCACCCCGCAUCCUCCACUGCAGGACAUUUGUGGAGCAGCCGCAGAGUGCGGGACAGGAGGAAGGAGAGCACACCAUCACUUGGGAGGCUGACAGCACGGUCCCUCUGCAGUAGAGGAGGUGUGUCCUCCCCAGACCUCCACAACUAACACCCGCUGGAGCUUACGUUCAGUCUUACACACUCCAGGAUCAGGUCUGGAUCGAAUUCACGUUGCGCCAUUUUUACAACAAAUUCUUCAAACUGUCCCAGUUUAGUUCUAGAUGAAGUCUCUGGUUGUCUUGGGAGAACAAAGUCAUAUCAGCUCUUCAUGACCCUUCACUCCCAGAUGUCCCAGACUGACAUAUAGGUUCAAAUUUUAGUUUGUUCACAUUUUCUCUGAAGGAUGUGGCUAUACAUUUGCUAAUGUAUUUAUAUGUCCAUAUAUCCACAUAUAGAAUACAGCCUGUAUAUAAUUACUGAUUUCACUAAACUAUAGAUAACUAUUUUUGGAUUACAGUAGAGUUACUAUUUAUAAUGCAAAAAUAAAAUAAAUGCAACUAACGGGAGCAUUAUGCACAUAUCUACAUAAUUAUGUUUUGAUGAUUAAAGCAAACUUGACUUACUUUUACUGAAGAUUUUCUUUUCUCACUAAUCAGACAUGGUGUGAGAUGAUGGAAGUUAUAAAAUUAGACAUGCAGUACUCCAUGUGCCCAGCUGAUGGCGUGGUUGUUCCCUUGAAAACCUGUGCAGACUGACUGGAGUACGCAUCUCCCUCUCCCAGCAAUAAAAACAUACUUGAGGAUAUGAUGAGGUUAUGAUGUAAUCAUGUAGUUAUGGUGAGGUUGUGGUGAGGUUAUGGUGCUGACCACACUGCAGAUCAAGGGUCACCCUAACCCCAGCAAGAUGUCCAUGUCCUGAUGUAUUCCAGGCUUGCUACAGCCCAAGAGCCGAGGGGAACGCUAGCUGCCGAUUCCGUUUUUAUUCUGUUAGCGAGAUUGUGGAAUUGAUUAUGAAGAUUAUUUGAAACAUGAUUAAAACAUUCCACUGUUUUUCCUUUUUGCCUUUUUGGCAUAAAUGUUGUGUUUUGCUGCUGGUCUAUGGUGACUG